GCCAGGUCCUUCCCUGCUCGCCUAGCGGGUUAAAGGGCAGUGCAGCGGAGAGCCACGUCUCUCGAUCUGUAGUAGAGCCAUAAGAUUCAUAACCUGGAUGAUUCACAGAGGAAAUCCUAGACCAGAACAAUGCUAAGUCUCUGAGGACCCACCUUGGAAAAAAAUAACACGGUGCAUAAUGGCUGUAUAGAAAUUCACAUCUCUCUUUCAGUUGUCCUCUCCAGUGGCUCCAGUAUGGCAUGAAGGUGGUUGAGAAACGACGUCUCAAUGGCUGGAUAAAUCUGCCAGCUCUCUUAUUUCAACUGAAACGUCUUGGGAAACCCCACUGAGCUCCCGAUUUCUACCAGACUUGGCAGAAGCACAAUUUAGCAGUUAAUCCAGGUCUUCAUAGAAGCCAGACUUUCCACCUGCAGGCAGGCUGCACGACUACUCCUCUGGGGCCCCCCAGCUAAUGGAGCCCACCACAGGGUGACACUCAUGCUGUCACGGAGAAGAAACUUGCAGCACAAGUGCUGGGACUUUAGUUUUGCAGUGCACGGAAAAUGUCUUUAUGAGGAGCAAGGGGUAAUAAUAAUCGCAGAAGAGUUGAAGUGACAGAAGCAGAAGCAGAAUAUCUCUACCAAGAUUUUUUCAAGCAGGAUCCAUGGUAGUGAUGCAACACCAGUGUUAAAGCAGGUGGCUGCACAGCCGCAGUUGUAUCGGCGGACACAGGAACAUGUGGCCAUACCAGCUGGGGAGAAGGGAGUGAAUGAUAUCCACUUACCCCGCCCCAGAUUCACUGAGAACAUGAGUUUUGCUCAGCUUCUGCUUUACGCAUGCAGAAAAAAUUCACCCUCAUGAUGAACUCAACGUGCAAUUGGGAACAGUUAGCAGUGGAGGUUUUCUUCUUCAGUGACACAGUACAGAUUCUGCACCGUCCAAAUGCGCCCUAUCCAGCGGGGACUGUGGGCUACGCGGCUGCUAUCAGCGUGACACAGCCCACAUCUGCACGGGCAAAGAACGUGGAUUUUAUCCCGACUCCCAUGAUGCAAACACAACUGUUGCCCAAGCCCUAGACCCUCUCUUGUCUAAACCAGGAUUCAGUGCACCGGCGCGCUGGGCAGGCUGGAGCCCUCCUCCUCCUCCUCCUCCGUGUUCUGAAACCGCGGAAACUUUGCUCUCCGCUGAGCUCCGACGCUGUCCGCCUUCAGCUCCCCCGAAAACGCCUCUAACGCGGCUGAAGCCAUGCCCUGUGUUCAGGCUCAGUAUGGGUCCUCGCCUCAAGGAGCCAGCCCGGCCUCCCAGAGCUACAGUUACCACUCUUCGGGAGAAUACAGCUCCGAUUUCUUAACUCCGGAGUUUGUCAAGUUUAGCAUGGACCUCACCAACACUGAAAUCACUGCCACCACUUCUCUCCCCAGCUUCAGUACCUUUAUGGACAACUACAACACAAGCUACGACGUGAAGCCACCUUGCUUGUACCAAAUGCCCCUCUCCGGACAGCAGUCCUCCAUUAAGGUGGAAGACAUUCAGAUGCACGGCUACCAGCAGCACAGCCACCUCCCCCCCCAGUCCGAGGAGAUGAUGUCCCACUCAGGCUCCGUGUACUACAAGCCCUCGUCGCCCCCGACCCCCUCCACGCCCGGCUUCCAGGUGCAGCACGGCCCCGUGUGGGACGACCCCGGCUCCCUGCACAACUUCCACCCCAACUACGUGGCCACCACGCACAUGAUCGAGCAGCGCAAAACGCCCGUCUCCCGCCUCUCCCUCUUCUCCUUCAAGCAGUCGCCCCCCGGCACCCCCGUCUCCAGCUGCCAGAUGCGCUUCGACGGGCCCCUCCACGUCCCCAUGAACCCCGAGCCGGCCGGGGCCCACCACGCCGUGGACGGGCAGGCCUUCGCCGUCCCCAAUCCCAUCCGCAAGCAGCCCUCCAUGGCCUUCCCCGGGCUGCAGCUGGGCCACGCUCCGCAGCUGCUGGACAGCCAGGUGCCCUCGCCCCCUUCGCGGGGUUCCCCCUCCAACGAGGGGCUCUGCGCCGUCUGCGGGGACAAUGCCGCCUGCCAGCACUACGGCGUCCGCACCUGCGAGGGCUGCAAGGGCUUCUUCAAGCGCACGGUGCAGAAGAACGCCAAGUACGUGUGCCUGGCCAACAAGAACUGCCCGGUGGACAAACGGCGCCGCAACCGCUGCCAGUACUGCCGCUUCCAGAAGUGCCUGGCCGUCGGCAUGGUCAAGGAGGUGGUGCGCACAGACAGCCUCAAAGGCCGGAGGGGUCGCUUGCCAUCCAAACCGAAGAGCCCCCAGGAGCCCUCUCCCCCCUCGCCCCCGGUGAGUCUGAUCAGUGCGCUGGUGAGAGCCCAUGUCGACUCCAACCCGGCUAUGACCAGCCUGGACUAUUCCAGGUUCCAGGCGAACCCCGACUACCAGCUGAGCGGAGACGACACCCAGCACAUCCAGCAGUUCUACGAUCUCCUGACCGGCUCCAUGGAGAUCAUCCGAGGGUGGGCAGAGAAGAUCCCCGGCUUCACCGAUCUCCCUAAGACGGACCAGGACCUGCUCUUCGAAUCCGCUUUCCUGGAGCUGUUCGUGCUGCGGCUGGCGUACAGGUCAAAUCCGGUGGAGGGCAAGCUUAUCUUCUGCAAUGGGGUAGUCCUGCACCGGUUGCAGUGCGUCCGCGGCUUUGGGGAGUGGAUCGAUUCCAUUGUUGAAUUUUCCUCCAACUUGCAAAACAUGAACAUCGAUAUCUCUGCCUUCUCUUGCAUCGCUGCCCUGGCUAUGGUCACAGAGAGGCACGGGCUUAAAGAACCCAAGAGAGUGGAAGAACUUCAAAACAAGAUUGUAAAUUGUCUCAAAGACCAUGUGACUUUUAAUAACGGGGGGCUGAAUCGCCCCAACUAUUUGUCCAAACUCUUGGGGAAGCUCCCUGAACUCCGCACGCUUUGCACGCAGGGGCUGCAACGCAUUUUCUACCUGAAACUGGAAGAUUUGGUGCCACCGCCAGCAAUAAUCGACAAACUUUUUCUGGACACUUUACCUUUUUAAGACUCUUCCCGUGCACUUCCACUGAACUGAAGAGAAACUUCACCUGUCUGAAGGGGAAUUCGUCUGGGCCCAAAGCAGCACCUCUGGGUGCCAGCUUCCCACCCCAAACAGUGUUGCUAACCUCCUGCGGGCAGAACGCGAGUGGGCAUUUUGGCUCUGGGGCAUCAUGGAUGCAGAUCAUGGACUACACAAAUACCAUGGUAUAAACUUUUUAUUAUCAGCUUAUAAAUGAAUUUAUUAUUAAGGACUUCUGAUUAAAAAGAUGAACAUAUCUGGCAACGCCGGGUGCGCAGCUAAGACUCAUGCGGUGGCAAACAAAGUGUUAAGGUGACCCACAAGUCUCACCCUCCUAAAGACUAAAGUUUUCUGCUGUAAAAGAAAGCUGUAAUAUAUACAAAACCUAAAUGUUGCGUGGGUGGCAUGUCAUUAAAGAAGGCGAAGGCUUGUAAAUUUAUCAGAUGCAGUUUGGCUUUUUAAAAAUUAUUCUGUGCCUAUUUAUGAAGAAAUAUGGAAAACAAUUCUAAAAAAAAAAGAAAAAUAAAAGCUAAACGUGUUUGCAAAAAAAAAAAAAAAAAAGGGAGAAUAAAGAGAAAGAAAAAUAAAUCUCUCCAUACCAGGAAAGCAUGAUGAUUCUAGGGUGACAAUGUUAUAGGCACUUGCUAUUUCAGUAAUGUCUAUAUUCUAUAAAUAGUAUUUCAGACACUAUGUAGUCUGUUAGCUUUUAUAAAGACUGGUAGUUAUCUAAGCUUCAAACAUUUUCUCAAUUGUAAAAUAGGUGGGCACAAGUAUUACAAAACCCGAAAUCCUCCCCAAAGGGACACAUAGUGUUUGUAAACACCGUCCGACAUUCCUUGUUUGUAAGUGUUGUAUGUACUGUUGAUGUUGAUUAAAAAAGAAGUUUAUAUCUUGAUUAUUUUGUUGUCUAAAGCUAAACAAAUCUUGCAUGCAGCAGCUUUUGACUGUUUCCAGAGUGCUUAUAAUAUACAUAACUCCCUGGAAAUUACUGAGCACUUUGAAUUUUUGGUUUGUUUUGUUCCGUUUUUUUAUGUCUAAAAUUGUCGGUUAAUAUAUUAUUUUACGUUCGAGUAAUAUUUUUAAUAUUGCCAUAUUCUGUAGUAUUUUUCUUUGUAUAUUUCCAGUAUGGCACAUGAGACGAGUCACUGCCUUUUUUUCUAUGGUGUAUGACAGUUAGAAACGCUGAUUAUUUUUUUUUUUUUCCUCCUGAUAACUCUUUCUUUGAGAAAGACAAUUUUAAUGUUUACAACAAUAAAACACGUAAACGAA